AUCAAUCCUGAACUGGAAUCACAAAUGUCCACAGACAGUGACUGGAAAAAGAGAAACAUGUAGACCUUCUCCAGCUGUACGAGCUCCAGAGAAAGGCUGCAAAGGUCCAGAACAUUGGUGUACCUGAUGCCGCUUGGGGGCGGCGCCUAUCUGGGCGGCGGGACAUUCCGCAGCCGGCCAUCUAUCACUCAGCUCAAGCUAUCGAUACGUCACCCGCAAGCCCAGCUCUUCCCAACGCUCAAACAUUUCCCCACUCUAUCGUCGCUUUCUCAAGGCGCCAUAUUUGACUAUAGUUUUCAUCAGCACCGGGCGAUACCAUAUUUACAACUCGACCUGUCGGUUACCGAGUAAAGACGAUCCCUUUACCCCGCUUUUGAGACUUUACCACCUUACCCCCUCCGAACUCACAGCCAGUAUCACCAUGGCCUCCUCCGAUCUGGACCAGCUCAUUGAAAUGGGCUUUGACAAGGAAAGAUCCGAAAUUGCAGUAAAGAAGGGCAACGGCAUUCAAGGUGCUCUCGAAUGGCUGGAAGCAAAUCAGGACAAGUCACUGGAGGAAAUCAAAGAAGAGGAGAGCGAGGAGGGCCCUGCACUUCAGCCGGGAGAGGAAGCUCGCAGCUUGGUGUGCAACGAGUGUGGCAAGAAGUUCCGGAGCCAUGCACAGGCCGAGUUUCACGCGUCUAAAUCCCAACACGUUGACUUCUCCGAAUCGACCGAAGAGCUUGCUCCUUUGACUGAGGAUCAAAAGAAGGCAAGGCUCGAGGAGCUUAGACAGAAACUAGCGGAAAAGCGGGCGGGACAGUCAGAGCAGGACAAGAUUGACAAGAAGAGGAAUGAGGAAAUCCGCAGGAAGGCUACCAAGGAUUCCCAGGACGUUAAAGAAGAACUCCAGCGAAAGCAAGCGCUGAAAGAAGCUGAACAGAAGAAGAAGGAGAAGCUAGCAGACAUCGAGGCCAAGAAACGCGUCAAGGCUAGAAUUGAAGCUGACAAGGAAGAGCGGCGCCUGCGAGCUGAACGAGAGAGGGCUGAACGUGCCGGUGUAGCACCCCCUGCUCAGCCUGCACCAGCCCCGGCGGCCACCACGUCUGGUCCCGUUGCCUCGAAGCCCGCUUCGGCCUACACGGAAACCCGCUUGAGAUUCCAGACAUCGAAGGGAAAUAUCAUGAAGACUCUCCCAGUGACUACCACGCUCUUUGAGGUCGCAGCAGCUCUGCAGCGGGAGGACGGAAUAGAAGUACACAGCUUUGCGCAGAACUUUCCCCGGAAGGUCUUCGAUGCGGAGUAUUUCGGCGAGUCCCUGAAGGACCUGGGCCUGAUCCCUAGCGCAAGUCUUGUUGUCCAGUGAUUGCGCCUAUAUGGUGCUUUUGGGCGGAGCCAAUCGAGAGCUUAAAUGACGAUAUCCAACAAAUCACCAAAUACGUGGUGAUGAGGUUCGUAAUGAUUUUUUUGUGCCUUAAAAGCAAGGCUCGCAUGAAGAAUGUUAUAGAAUGCCAGCAUCGCAUUGGCACAGCACGGAAGCUGAGAAGUGACCGAAAUAACGAUAAGCAUAAAUCUAGCUUAGAAUUUAC